AUGUACUCUCACCAGGCUGGCGUCAACGUGCGCUACGAGCCCCAAGUCACAGACGAUGUAUCUUGGGACACCAGUUCAGAGAAAUUCCCCUCCGGCAAGAAAAGGACCUUUUAUCGCCCUACAGCUUUAAGAUGGUACUUUAUCAUCGGCCAGGUCGCCUUUCUCCUGGCUGUCAUGGGACUAGUCAUCUGGGCACUGAUAAAAAUGCCCAACUCAGAUGGGACAGCAAAGAUCAUCCACAAGAGAAGCAACAAUGUCAACCCGAAUUUCCCACGGGACGAUGCGGUAAUGACUCCUGAAGUUGCAAGACAAACAAUACUCGCGACAACUUACAUCGUGAGCGACGUGUCUACUGUUGUUACUGUACCAGGCACGACAGGUAAAUACACCACCACGAUUGAGACCACAGAAUACAGUACGCACUGGGACCUUACAACAACGGUAAAGGAUGGUUCUACCAUGACGAGCGUAGACUAUACCGUGAUCCCAACAAAGGUCGUCACCGAGGUCGUCACUACCAGGCCGGGAGAGGCAACAAAAUCCGUUUUCACAAGUAUCAGUGUGGGCUACUCGGUCGUCUAUCCCUCUGGCUCCGACUCCGACUCCGCUGCGCCUGGCACUAUCAGUUACACAGAGGCUAUAACGAUUACCCAGGCUUACUCUCUUCCCGGUGCGGUGACCACAUACACGUCUACUCUGGAGGGAGAUAGGACCGAGACUAUCUACACCACUAUCGUAGAAGAUGGCGAAACAAAGACUCUGUCGCAUGUCAUCACCGAGGCGGCUCCUACUCAAUACGAAAGCGUUGGAGAAACGACGGCAUCAGCGAGCACCUAUGUCUCAUAUGGCAAAAUCACUAUCACUUCUGUCUACACAGACCAGAAGCCUAUUGGCAAGCCUAAGCUGACAGAAAAGGCGAAGCCCACUGUUAUUAAUGUCGUGACUGUCGAAGACGACCACACCGUGAAGAAAGUCGAGAAGCUGGACCCGACAACCUAUGUCACCAAGGUCAAGGAUAUCGAGACGGUCGGGGUAGUUGUUUCUCAGGAAGGCGAAACAUUUGUCAGCGAGAUCGACGCUUUUGAGACCACAGUUGACAUCGUUGAGACUGGAGUUGACGGACUGCUCACGACUAACCAAGUAAUCUCAACCAAGGCCGCAUCGCUAGCAACAAUUACCAAGUCUGCUGUACCUACGACAAUCAUAUCUACCAAGUCAACCGACAAACUCAAGACGAUAACAUCUGCACGAACAGCUUCUUCGACGAUAAUAUCGACAAUCAAAGGGAAAACAAAAACCUACGAAAAGACCACCACAAUUGCCCCCACGGGCACCGAUGAUGCAUCAGAAGCUGGAGCAACCGGGGGAGUGGUCAAGACCGUGGUAACAGUGUAUGAGCUCGAUGCUGGAAAGUACUUCCUGGGCAAAUUUCUUCCUCCCAUCCUUGCAGUUAUGCUGUCAAUACCUGCACGAGUCAUCGACUACAACGCCCAACUCUUUCAGCCCUUCCACGCUUUGAACCGGGUCGACGGUGCUAUGGGACCAGAGUCGAUGAACCUUCACUUUGGUGGCUGGGCAGGAAUUGUAGAGCCUUUCAAUGGUCUUGUCGAUGGUCACCCAGUACCUUUCAUCACGAUGCUGAUCGUCUCGUUCUCAGCGCUUCUGACGCCUCUAGCAGUCGAAGCAGUCGGUUUCAAGAUGCACGGCCAGUGCAAAAUCAACGCUUAUGAGGGUUGUGCUCCGGCCCUGGGUGUCUCACCACUAUCGUCACGCAUCCUCCUUGCAGUUUUAGGUCUGAUGGUCUUACUGCUCUGCGGUCUGCUCUUCUUCCUUCGAAAUUUCCACACUGGGGUGUAUGCAAACCCCUGGAGUGUUGCAGGAGUUGCAUCGCUGGCUUCAAACAGAGAUAUCAGACCGCAGCAAGACUCUGAGCGAAGAAUCGAAAAAGAGAUGGCAGAGAAGCGAUACGGGUUUGGAUUCUUCGAGAACCGUGCAGGCCGGACUGAGUAUGGCAUUGUUCUCUACGACGAUGCCAGGGAGAACCUUCAGCAUAAUCAUCCGCUCUCAGAGUCGAGUUCUGUGGACACGCAGGCAGUCGCAAAGGGGCGAAGGAACCCAUUUCUCAUGCUCGGUCUCGCCUGGCGUUUAGUAUUUCUGCUGUUCCUGGUUGGGUUAAUGGUGUUUCUGCUAUACUACCAUCUUACACUCGACAAGUCAUCUUCCUUCAAGAACUUCAUGAACAGCCAGACUUUUGGUGUUCGAUUCUUGUUUGCCGCCUUUGGAGUUAUUAUCUCCUUUAGCUGGACCGCCUUCUUUAUCACUAUCGCUAUGGUUGUGCCAUAUCAGGUCAUGUCGCAUGGUCCCCAGUCAGCAUCCAACUCAGUUUUGCUCACGAGACCUACGAAUCCUUUCUCUGGUUUCUGGUCUGCGAUCAAGCAUGGACAAAUAUUUCCCGGUCUGGUCGCUCUAAUGGCCAUCUUCUCCGAGUUUAUGCCAAUUCUUCUUGCUAACAUCCCUUACUCGCUAUCACAAGUACGAGUCUCCCACGAUAUCUGCGCACGACUUUCUGUUGGCAUUCUGGCUCUGAUGGCAAUCACCAUACUCCUCAGCUUCAUUGUCCGUUGGCCUGAUAUGCCAGUAGAUCCUCGCUCCAUUGCUGGAGCUAUGUACUACGUGAGCGAGAGCAAUAUGGUAGAUCACUUCAGUGGUAUGGCGGACAUGGACGGGGAGGAACGCAAGCAGCGUAUUCGAGAAUUGGGAGGGACAUAUUUGUAUGGAAAGCUGACGACGCGAACGGGUGAGAAGAGGCCUGCUGUAGAGUGGGAUGAUCAUACGCUGGGCGUUGAUCCCUCGAUGUCCCAGCGGAGGAAAGAUAAUAUCCAAGUCAGGCAUGACAGCAUUGAUACAGGAUAUUAUGGGCAUCGAUCAUGA